GCACACCCGACUACUUGAACUGAAGAUCUUGUUUCUUAACUUGUCCAUUUGUGCAUGUGAGUAUUACUGCAAAAUGAGAGAGACAUCCAAAUCACCGCUGCAACAAAUAUACACUGUUGAAGAUUCCCGCCCAUGUUAAUUUGACAGCCAGCGGCUAGUUGGUCUUUCACGUGUGAGAGUGACUUGCAAUUGUAUUCGAGUCAACAUGCCGGCAAUCUCCGACCAUGCUGACCUUCCACGACCUCAAUGAAGAUGUUGUUCUGCGCGUCCUAUCGUUCUGCGACGUCUACACUGUCUUGACAUUCUCAACGCUCAAUCGUCACAGCCACAGCUUGACACAGUCGACUACGCUAUGGCUCGCGCUCGCUGCGAAUCUCGGCGCGUAUUUCUCCGAUGCCAAGAUCGCCGCUCUGCGUCGCCUGCCCAGAAAUGGCAUCAUAGAAGAGCUGAAGAAGCUCGUCUGCGGGCCCGCAGCGAUCUCCGGCGACCUCACUCUCACGGAGCACUCGCUACCAGAUCCCACCGGAGCAGUCGACGGCUGGACCAAGUGCAAAGUGCUCCCGGGUGGAGAAUUCAUCAUGCUCGACAACAUCGACGCGCUGACUUGCGUCUGGCGACAGACCGGCGAAAUCGUCUGGCGCAAGGCAACACUUUGUCUCUGGGCGUAUGAGAUGGACCAGGACUCGGCAGGGGACAUCCAUCUUGCGGUUCUUACCAUUGGCGACGGGGGUGCUAAUCCGUACAGCAUGACCGUGGUCCAUUUGCAGCGAUCCAGUGGCCAGGCUCGAGUGACGUUUUCCUCAGAUGUUCCCAUGCGCCGGACAGACCCCAUUCACGCUGUCGCUAUCCAUGGCUCGUAUGUAGGUGCUUUGUGGGAGGAUGGGCCUCUCCGAAUCGGCGGUGCUAUGAUCACCAAUUGGGUGACCAAGAAAUGGCUUGCUGUCGAACUGGACGCUCCUCGCUCGACUCCGAGCAUGCGCAUUCUACCUGGUCACUUCAUCUUCUUAUCGGCUGCCAUGAAAGCCAAUCAGCAAGGGUCAUAUGAGGAUAUACUUCACGUCUACCCCAUCUCUCGAUUUGAUGGACUGUGGAAACCGACGCACCAGGAAUGGAAAUCUCACCCGCUCAGCUCAUUCAGACCUCUCCUUUUCGAACGUCUAAUCCAUAACGGGGUGUGUUACGGAGACCAAGGCGACAUGACGAUGCGGAUGCAUCCAAAUCCACUCCGCGACGGAGGCUACAGACUGACGCUCUCUGCAUGGGAGAACAUGUAUCCUCCAUCUGAGCAUGAGCCACAUGAGUGGUUCUGUGCGUCCUUCACCUACCACUUCUCCAUCGAUCACACAGGAUCUCUCUCUCUGACGCACAAAUCCGUCAGACCUGCCGACAGCACUUUUCACAAGAUGUCAACUUCGUACGCCGGUUUUCUCCUCAUGAAGCAGCCAGGCGCACCGCGCCAUGCACGGCUUGCCAACAGACAUCUUCCGCAAGAGGACGACGUUCAAAGC